GAUCUUUAUAUGCAGGCUAUUAUCGAAUUGGCCGGGUUCAUAAGCAUCAUGUCCACCGUUUGGUUGCAUUGGCAUUUUGCCCCAAAGAAGAAGGCAAAGAAUAUGUGAAUCACAUUGAUGGUGAUUCUACAAACAACAGAGCGUCUAAUCUUGAAUGGUGUACACAGAAAGAAAACUCUCAGCACGCAAUGCGUCUCAGACUUCGAGCCAAUCAACAUGCAGUCAGACAGAUUUUUGCUGAUGGUACUUUUCAAGAAUUUACCUCUUUGGCUGAAGCCCAACGUGCAACAAAGAUUAAUAGCCAAGGCAUCAGUUUAGUAUGUCAAGGAAUUCAAAAUCAUGUGGGAGGAUAUCGUUGGGAAUACAUGAAACAAUGA